GCACCACAUGACCACAAUUAACGAUAGUUAUACCAAUAUACAAAGUCCCAUGCGAGCACGCCUUGGGUGGCUAAAUCCCAGUCGUUCAUAAGCACAAAAGAAAAACAAAGAAAAGCACGGCUUAAGCCUUUCAAGUUCGAUCAAAUAAGCCUCCACGAUCUCGCAUUGUUACUUCGAAUUUCCCUUUCCCUCUCCCUUGGAUUUUAAUUUGCUUCCCAACUUAUAGGAGAGAGAUUGCUACAAUCUAUGGCGAGCUUUGAAGCGAAACGGGCAGUGUUUGGUUUCUGGUUUUGGUUGUUGUUGCUGUUGGCCUACUCAGCGAUUUGUGUGUCCGCAAGAUCUGACAAGGAGACCAGGGAGCGGUUUUACGGGAAUUUGUUGAAUUCCUCGGCGCCUGAUAAUGGAGAAGGCAGUAUAGCGAAAAUGUUCGAUCGGGUUCUGGAGAAAGAGUUCUCUGAAAAUGAUCAGCCUGAAGGUUCUGAUCGAAGCAACUUCAACAGCAGUGUGGCUGACCAACAGGCUGUAUUGGAAACUGUAGCUAAAAUCUCUCAUGAGAAGAAAAAUGAUACACAAGUGACUAAUGGGACAAAAGCAUUUCAGUUACAAGAUGUAUUUUCACUUGAAAAUGAAGAUUCUGAGGACAUGACAACGCUUAUUGACAAAAAGGACAAUGUAUUCGUGAUGUCAAAUAAGAAAUCCAAAUAUCCAGUACUUCAAGUAGAUUUGAGAUUGAUUUCAGAUUUAGUAGUUGUCAUAGUUUCUGCGGCAAUUGCUGGAAUUGUCUUUUCUUGUUUGGGACAACCAGUUAUUGUGGGAUAUCUGCUUGCUGGUUCGAUGAUUGGACCAGGAGGUUUAAAAUUCAUUAGUGAAAUGGUACAGGUUGAAACUGUAGCCCAGUUUGGUGUUGUGUUUCUUCUUUUUGCUUUAGGGCUGGAGUUUUCAUUGACAAAGUUAAAAGUUGUAGGCCCUGUUGCUGUUCUUGGAGGCCUACUUCAAAUUAUGAUAUUUAUGUUCUUGUGUGGAAUAACUGCUGUGUUGUGUGGAGCAAAGUUGUCUGAGGGUGUUUUCUUAGGUUCCUUUCUGUCAAUGUCAUCAACAGCAGUGGUGGUGAAAUUUUUAGUUGAACGGAAUAGUACUAGUGCUCUUCAUGGUCAAGUCACAAUUGGGACACUUAUUUUUCAGGAUUGUGCUGUUGGUUUGUUAUUCGCUUUGCUCCCAGUCUUGGGUGGCAGCAGUGGCCUUAUACAUGGAAUGGUUUCAAUGGGGAAACUGCUGUUGGUGUUGUCCAUAUUCCUCACUGUUGCUUCUAUAUUGUCUUGGUCAUUUGUUCCUCGCUUUCUUAAGUUAAUGGUGCAGCUAUCAUCUCAAACAAAUGAACUUUAUCAGCUUGCCGCUGUAGCCUUCUGCUUAUUAUCUGCUUGGUGCAGCGAUAAGCUUGGUCUUAGUCUUGAGUUGGGUUCAUUUGUCGCUGGAGUUAUGAUAUCUACCACUGACUUUGCACAACACACUUUAGAUCAGGUGGAACCAAUCCGUAACCUGUUCGCAGCUCUCUUCCUUUCUAGUAUUGGGAUGCUCAUACACGUACAUUUUCUGUGGAACCAUGUGGAUAUAUUGCUAGCAUCUGUCAUUCUGGUCAUAGUUGUCAAGACAGCUGUUGCUGCUAUGGUUGUGAAAGCCUUUGGAUAUGGCAUUAGGACAUCAUUCCAUGUGGGAGUAUUGCUUGCUCAAAUUGGAGAAUUUGCUUUUGUUCUCCUAAGCCGUGCUUCAAAUCUUCAUCUUGUCGAGGGAAAGAUGUAUCUUCUUCUUCUCGGAACAACAGCUCUUAGCCUGGUAACCACUCCUCUUUUGUUUAAAUUGAUACCCAACGUCAUGAAUUUGGGUGUCCUACUGCAAUGGUUUCCAUCAGAAAGCAGCACGCAGAAUGAGGAGAGAGUUUCCAUGAUUGAAGCGCAUAACAGAGUGUUGUAACCUUGCGCAUUUUAUGUUCUGGUUAUAUCAGGGAGUAAAUACUUAAGUAAUUUGUAGGCAUAUGGGUUCUCCUCACUGUCAAUUCGGUGAUCUAGAUUUCAGACGACACACCGGGAAUUUCAGUUCCAUUAACAUUUCAGCUUGAAGAUCUCAUUUAUAUACCACAUUCUUUGAGUAGUGUAUAUAUGAUUCUGCUGGUGAUUUGGUGGCAUUUUCUCAUAUCCAUGUUCUCGAGACACUACGAUUUUGUUAGAGGGAAAAGAAAUUUUAGGAGACAUUGACAGAUUUAAGAAAUAUAUGUAUAUGUAUCCAAUAGGGACUUUCUUUAGUACAGUUGUAUACUUUAAGAAUUAAAUUGAUAGGUGUUACAAGGCGAUUACGAUUUUAUUAGUUAUGCUAUGAAGUUCCUCUCCCUUCCUCCGCUC